UGUCACAAAAUGGAGGAUAGCAUCUUUCUUACACAAAAUGGUGCUUGAGCUGGUUCGAACUGCCUCUGUUAGAACCAGAAUCAGUCCAGUUUGAUCUAGAACCAGCUCUAAUUUUUAUUUUAAAGUUCAUGCUCAACCUAGAAUUGUCAAACCGGGGUGGUUCUAUCUAGAACUGGUUCUAUCUAGAUCCAGUUAACACAUCCCUACCAGAGAGCACAGAUACUACUCCUGGGCUUAUGGAUUCUCCCUGUUAAAGUCACUCAAUGAGAUGGAUAAAAGAUGACAGUUCUAGAGUGGAGAUUCCAGCUAGUUUGUAGAAGACAAUACUCUCUUUAGAACCCAAAAGUGGCAAUGCCUCUUUCCUAUACCUUGACACUUAAAGAUGUGUCCUUGUCAUGAAAGUGAUAGUUCUUCAAGGUCUGGUGAUGGUGAUUUUCCAGCUGUUGGAGAAUGCUGCUGCUGACUCAUAUGGAGUGAAGCCACGUUUGGAGAUAACACCAAACCAUAGGCAAACAUGCCAGAGUGUUAAAACAUGACAAGAGGAAGAUUGCUUGUGGCAAGAAGCGAGGAGGCAGUUCUAGGAACAGGGAGCAGCAUAAAAGCAAGUGGAUUCGCAGCUGCAUGCUAAUGAAGAAGCAGCACUUAAGUGCCCCAAAUGAGCUCAUUCCAGGUUAUGACUAGGGCUAAGCCAAGAAAAAAUCCUGAAAAUAAUGAAGAUGGUGAAAAACAAGGAACUGAGUGUUGAAGAAGCCUUGGAUUUGGCAGAAAGAGAGAAAAGCAUAGAAGAAAAAGAAGAGAAGUCACCCACGCUUUUGGUGUAUCCCCAGGACCUGCCGAACUGCUCGCAAUUCAACUUCAGCGUCUACAAAUAUAAACACUACCGGUGGCAGAAAAGAAUUUUGCAGAUUGAUCUGCACUCAAAGACCAUUUUUAACAUAGAGAAAGGAAUCAUGAAGAAACAGUUUCCAUUUCCCCAAGUUAAAUCCUGUGCAUAUGGUGAAGGAAGGCGCUUCAGAAUCAGCUUUCAUGAGCAUCAAGACUAUGAACUGGAAGCGGCAUCAUUGGAUGACAAAAAUAAAAUAACUCAGCUUAUGAGUAAAGUCAUACAGAGCAAUGCCUGUGAAGGACUUGCAGAACCCUCCUAUGGCCAGCCCGGCCCAUGUGAUGUGAUACACGAAGGACUCUUGGACUUGCAGCUUGAGAUGGCAACAUCUGUUCAAUGGGUGAAACACUUUGUGCAGCUGCGAGACCGGGAGCUGAGCUUACAUUGCAUCGACCAACACCAGAAGGAGAUGGCGGGCCCCGUAACAAAAACAAUUAACUUGUCAAGUGGAGAUGCCAUUGUCAGCGAGGAGGAGGGUUGUGGUAGAUUCUCCCUGCAGGCAAAGGAAGCCAAGUAUCUAUUCCAAAUACCCUUUACUGUCCAGAACAACAAGGUAGAGGACAUUAGCAAGCUCCGGAAUGAGUGGUUAAUGCUCAUAGACAGAUCUUGCUCAUUGCCGAAGGCCAGCAUGCUGACUCAGGACGAUGCCUCGGAAGAUGCAUAUGAGAAAAUGCAUGCUCUAAAAGCAGAAGAGAUGGAAGAGCCCCCCUCUCGCACUGCGGGUCCCCCCACAACCCCAAAGGCUGUGACUUUGGUCCAUACACCCCAGGAAGACUCCUCUUCAGUUUUGGCAAUGACUCCACUCCCUGUAAUGAUAACAAACAAGGGGCUCCCUCCUCCUUUGCCGAAGUCAUCUAACCCAUCUGCAGUAUCAACAAGGACAAAAAAUUUUCACUGGGAUGUUAUUCCUCAAGAAAAGAUACAGAAGUCAAUGUGGACAUCAUGCCCAGGCAAGAAAAACAUAGAUGUGGCUAGACUUUAUGACCAGUUUCGCAUUCAGCAGACGGCAGGAUUUCCUGGCAAUGAACCUCUGGUGAUAUCACACAUUAUGCUAAACCAGAAAGUUGCACAUAACUUCAACAUUUUUCUUAAAAGUUUCCGCAUAAAGCCAAGCCAGCUGAAAGAAAAAUUAUACAUUAUACAUGAAGACAGUGGUGGACUUAGCGAUGAGCAGAUUACAGCGCUAAGAAGAUAUCAGCCCACUGCAAAGGAUAUAGAAAUGUACCAGUCUUUCAAAGGUUCUCCUUCAGAACUGCAUCUGGUGGAUCAAUUCAUGCUAGAAAUGUGUAAGAUACCCAAUUUAGGCCAAAAGCUGGACCUUUUGCUUUCAGUGCGUGAACUUCCAUCAUCUAUGGCUGAUUUGGAGCCACUGAUAAACCAGAAGAUCCGUGCAUGCAAAGAGCUGCAGGACAGUUCGAGAUUUGUUGCUGUGCUGCAGUAUAUCUUAACCAUUGGGAACUACUUAAAUGAAAAGGGUGGGAGAGAGAGCGCCAAAGGGUUUCUGCUGUCUUCUCUGGCUAAAUUAUCAUUGCUGCGAGGUAAGGAACGGAACUUCACCUUGCUGCAUGCCCUUGUGGAACAGAUCUUCUUACACGAGCCUGAUUUGGCUAAAUUUUCUCAGGAGUUGACAGAAUUUAAAGCUGUUUCUGGUGCUUCCAUCAAAGGUCUCAGUGCUGAAGUUGAAGUUUUACGGAAAGAAUUAGAAAGCAUUGUUGAGUGCAGACGGCUAAUCAAACCCAAGGUUAUCAAGGCAGGAACUCUGGAGUCUCAUUUCCACAAAGAUCUAAAGGAUCUGAUUCAGAAGUAUGAAGGAGAACUUUUGCAGCUCUCUAAAAGAUGUGCAGAGAUGAAAAAGGCCUACCAUGACAUACUGAUGAAAUUUGCGGAAGCAGAAGAUCGAGACUCAGAAGAACUUUUUGGCUGGAUUGCUACAUUUAUCAGUGAAUUCAAGAGGGUCUCACUAGAGAUUAUGCCAUGAAGACAGCAAUUGCAUCAGGAGAAAUUGCACAUUGUUGACUUGAAGUCAUUAGUGGCAAUUAGUGGCAAAUAAAAUAAAAUAAAAUAAA